UGCACUUAUAUCUCAAACGAGAUUGUUUACAUGAUAGAGCAACCAUUGACAUUGUCUGACAUUGUCGUCACUGCAGAUAGUGUAAGGAUCAGUUGCUUUUGAUGUUGAAGCCCAGAAGAAGAUUGAAGCUGCUAUUCGCCAGAAAGGAAUUGAUGAAAAUUGGGCUGCUGCUCUGGAGCAUAACCCUGAAGCUUUUGCAGGAGUGGUUAUGUUGUAUGUUGACAUGGAAGUGAAUGGUGUCCCGUUGAAGGCAUUUGUUGACAGUGGAGCGCAGUCAACUAUUAUAUCAAAAAGUUGUGCCGAGCGUUGUGGAUUGUUGAGGCUUUUUUAUCAACGUUAUAAGGGCAUUGCUCAUGGAGUUGGUCAAUCAGAGAUAUUGGGUCGUAUACAUGUAGCUCCAAUCAAGAUUGGAAGUAUAUUUUACCCUUGUUCAUUGAUGGUUCUCGAUGCUCCGAAUAUGGAGUUUCUCUUUGGGUUGGAUAUGCUCCGUAAGCAUCAGUGCAUUAUAGAUUUGAACGAAAAUGUCUUGAGAGUUGGCGGUGGAGAAGUUUCUGUACCAUUUUUGCAAGAAAAAGGCAUCCCAUCUCGUUUUCUCGAUGAAGAAAGGUUCUCCAAGGAAGCAUCCAGCUCAGGAGCUCCUGUAAGUCUGCUCGAGUUUAUGCUUUUCCUGAAGUCAAGGAUUCUUGCUGUUUGCAGUUUCCGGUUCUUAAAUGCAUAAUAAUAAUAAAAUUUA